CAAAAAAGGUUUUACUGUAGGCUAGAGUGUAUAAGCACUGCUGGAUAUAGGCAGACGACUAAGUCAGAGUUGCGGUCAAACGAGAAAAAGCUACUGUGGAAAAAUGAAGUCCCGAGGCAGCUGCGGAUUCAUACUUUUCGCUGCACUCCUUUCUAGUCUCGCCUGUGUUUCUUACUGUGUCCGGCAGAAUAUAGAUACUACUGCUCCUAUAAUUCGAACCAAACCGAGCAAUUUGCAUGACUAUUCAUACCUAGGUUAUAAUCUUGUGCUUCAUAGGCUAAGCUCAUCAGACAUAAGGAUAAUUGUCAGUGCUCCUAAUGGCACAGCUAAUGGAUCUAACGAUGCUGUACCAAACACUGGAGUAAUAUUCACUUGCUCUCUAGCACAAAAUGGUAUUUGUUCACCAUUAAAUGGUGACAAUAAUGGAGAUGAUAGAAGACUUUAUGAUAUAGAUCCAGAUGAUAUAGACUCUGAAAGGAAGUCACACCAGUUCCUGGGAGGAGCCAUGGACAGCAAAGGAAGUCACUUUAUUGCAUGUGGUCACAGAUACAUCAACACCAAUGGAGGUGGUUCAAGGCUACCACAAGGAGUAUGUUACUAUACUCCUAACAGUAACCUUCAAGGCUUUCAAAAAUUUAGUUAUUGUAAUACUAAUCAAAAUGGUGGGGACUGUCAGAUCGGAACAAGUGUGACAUUUGCCGAAACCUCUCCAAAUAACGUACAGAUUGGUAUGGGUGCACCUAAUAGAAACACAUGGGCUGGUGCUUUGUUCAGACGUGAAUCAGGUGGUAAUUUACGAACAACUGGUACUUCUGAAGGAACUGCUGGUUACGCAUGGCAAGGGUAUGCUCUAACGAAAGGACACAUAGUUGACACUGUGAGAGAAGACUUCAUCGUCUCUGUCCCACGAAGAAACCUUUAUAAAGGAAUAGUUAACGUGUUUUCGAAUGACAGGAAUUUGAAUAUAUUUACUCAACCAUUGAAUGGAGAGCAGUUGGGUGAGUAUUAUGGUCACACUAUACUAGCUGCUGAUCUUACUGGUGAUGGAUUCGAUGAGCUUUUGGUUGCUGCCCCAAUGUUUAGUACUGCCAAUAGUCCUGAGGUGGGACGUGUCUUUGUAUACAGAAACUCUGGAGGAACUCUAUCAUUUGUGAGACGUUUGGUGGGCACCUUGGAAUAUGGACGUUUCGGGCAUGCAAUGACCAACUUAGGAGACAUCAAUAAUGAUGGGAGGGAAGAUAUUGCAAUCAGUGCUCCAUUUGGUAACAGCUCUGGCACUGUGUACAUUUAUUAUGGUUUAUUGAAUGAUGUCAUAUCAAGCACGCCAUCUCAAAUUAUUGUUGGUAGUGAUUUAAUUCGAGGUUCAAUUGUUAACGAAACCAAAGGAUUUGGAUCAGCCCUCUCUUCUUCACUGGAUGUAGAUGGGAAUCAAAUUAAUGAUCUUGCAAUUGGGGCUUAUUUUACUCAGCAAGUAUUUCUCCUCAGGUCCAGAGCUGUUGCCCAGGUUUCUUUAUCAGUGACGUCUUCACCAGCAGUCAUUAAUGUCCAACCUGGUUCCAAUAAUACCUGCCCAUACAUGUCAGGGGAGCUUCCUUGUUUUAACGUGACCAUCUGUGCGAGUUAUCCCAAUAUUGGUACCUUGGGGGAAAACAUUAAUAUUACUUUUGUGAUAUCAGCUGAUCGGCAGAAGGUAGAACUAGGCUUGGAACAGAGGGUUUUCUUUGCCAGAGGAGCAAUGGACAGCAACUCAAUCACUGUAACUAGGACUUUUGAUAGAAGUGUUGAACAGUGUAUCACCGAGACUGCUUUAGUUAAAAAUGGGAUACUGGACACAUUUAACGGUUUCCAAAUUGAUGUCUCAGCCUCUGGUCCUGACUUUACAUCGUCUGCUACCAAAGGAAACCCUCCAUUAGUUAAUCUUGUUGAUUUCCCCAUCGUGACUACACUCGGUAGAACUCAAGUAUCAGUUGAGACUUUGAAAGAGUGCGAGAACUCUGAAUGUAUACCUGAUCUUCAGUUGAAGCUCCUUAAUUCAACUUUUGAGACAUCCACCGGUGCCUCUACUUCUUCACUAACAGUUGGUCUUGUUACUAAUAUUAACUUUUGGAUGAACAUCAGUAAUGUAAGGGACGACGCUUUUCGUACAACAAUCUCAUUCAAUCUCGAACCUCAGUUUGAUUUUGUGCGAGUUGAGCCAAGAAACUUGUUAAUAUCGUGCGAUGAUCCUCAAACACAAGGAAACAUAACUAGACACACCUGCUCUAUAGCUAACGUACUUGGAAGCAACAUGAACCGUGUUAUUGCUAUAAGAGUCCGUCCUACUAGACGGUUGACUGGUUCAGAGGGUGUGAUUAGACUCCAGUUCAAUGCUGGCAGUAUCAAUCCUGAGGACUCAUCCACACUGGCUGAUAACUCUAUUGAAUAUGCACUCAACGUGUCAGCACAAGCGGACGUGUUUCUUGAUCAAGUUAUUGUAUCCCCACAGCAGGUAUCAUAUCUAAACAACAGGACAUCUUCAAGUUCAAUAUCUGAAGUUACUGAUCUUGGACCUCAAGUCUCAUUCUCUUUUGUUGUCCGUAAUCAAGGUCCCAGUACAAUACCAUUGACUCGUCUCUCUAUUCGUUUCCCUCGAGGAACAGACUCUAGUAAUGGUAGCCAUCUUGUCUAUCCGUCACAUUUCAGAGUACAAUCUGAUGUAUCAGUUACAUGUAGCACUGAAAAUGUUAAUCCUGGCGAUUUCCAGAUCCCCAGUAUUGGAGGAACAGAUGGAGAGCCAGAGAAUCAAGGAGAGAACAAUGCCAACACGGGAGGAGGAAACAGGAGAAGAAAAAGAAUGUUAGAGCCUGAUAGAGGCAGGUCGAAGCGCUCCCUUGAGAUGACUGUCCGUCAAGAGAGUACUCCUGGUUCUGGGGCUGCAGGGACAACUAUUAAUUGUAGAGAUAAUCAAACUCAUUGUGUUGAGCUGUAUUGUACCAUCAGGCAACUGGCGCAAGGUGGAAGCACACAGAUUGACCUUGUAUCCUACUUGGACGAGAGAAGCUACAUUGGUUCCUCUAGCACUUACACAUUCAUCAUAUUUGCUCAAGCAAACAUACUUGAUUCAUUUAUAGUCCAACCUCAAAAUCACAGAACAGAUAUAACUGAAACUCAGUUCAGAGCUGUAACUAGUACCAGCCCAUCCAGUGAAGGUGAAAAGGUCCAGCCAUGGGUCAUCAUUGUGACCGUGGUAUUGGGUCUUUUAUUCUUUGUCAUCCUCUCCGUUAUCUUGUACUUUGUUGGUUUCUUCAAGCGUAAGGGAAAGCAAAGGAAGGAGGAGCUGAAUGCUCAAAUGCUUGAAGACCAGCAAGGAGGGGACACGCCAAUGAAUGAUUCGAAUGGGCUAUAAUGCUGAGGUCUUGCUCAGUUCUUGUCAUUAACAUCCCCAGCUCUCUUUCUCUCCUUCUUUUCCUUUAAAAUAGAAUUAAUAAAACUUUUUAACUCUUAAAAAUGUGUUUGUAGCUUGAAGAUAAUAUAAUAAAGCCGUGUUGUUAUUAUCAUUA